AUGGCUAUCGCGUCGGCGUCACCCGAGGAGCGCGAAGGUCUUACAAAAUUUGUGGAUGUAAAUCAAGCGACUUCGAAUUCGUCGCCUGCUUCCUCUCGGAACUGAAAAAGGUGGGUUCAAGCCGAGGGCGAUGGAGUUGAUUAGGAGCGCUGUUCGAGUGAAUCUGGAGCAUCGAGUCGACUGAGCCGCUCAUUCAAGUCCCUAUUGGGAGAGGUUGAAGUUGGGUAUUUGAUCACGCUCUGCCCCAUUUCGUCCCAAUCAGGCAAAUUCGAUAUCUGAUGUCGGAUCAGCUUCCUUCCCCCACGCUUGCGCAGUCUUUACCGAAUGCGUAUCCUGCGUCGCGAUGUCUCAACCGGAAACAUCAUGGUCCGACCGGAUGGCGAAGACGUAUUUAUCGAUUAUGACCUUGCAAUAUUCAUGGACGGCCUCUCCGGCGAAGAAGCACGUACGUGUCGAGUUGUAAGCCCUCUUAUCUCUCCCGAAAGUCUGGGACGCUACAUCGCUGACCCAAGCUUUUCCCCCUCACUCUGCACAAAGCCCCUUCGCAUUCCUAGCCAGAAUUCUCUACAAAUGCCGCCGUGGGGUCAGGAAGCUAGGGCAGGAUAGUGGAAGAAGCCGUUGCGGUGUGGAGGAAUUUGAGCUCGGGACUCUGAGGGGGGCCUACGAUGCCAAAGUGGGGUUUGUCCAAGCGUGAUCAGACCGGAGGAGUUGCUGGAGCCACAUUUGAGUUUGGAGGCAGGCCUUCAUCAUCUCAUUGUUACUGUUGAGACGUACUGCGGACUCAGCUUGUCACUUUUCGACUACGACCACAAGGUCGCGGAAGAAGAAUGCAUCGAGAAGGUUCGGGGCUCGGGUGAGCUCUCUCACGACCAUCUCAUUUUGAAGAUCUGCUUCUCGAGAUUGUUCAGAGGAGAAAGGAACGAUCACAACAUUUGUCUCGGCGUGGAUAGAUCUUUGAAUUUUGUAUUUUAUUGA